CUUUCUAACAACGGGCAAUUAAUGCUAAUUAGAGUAGUAAUUUUUUCGAGUAAAUUGAAAAAUUGCCUUCUUAAAAUUACAUACCGACAAACGCGUCUUCUUCAAAAGAGCAACAGGCUUUGCUCACAGUUUUUCCGCAAAAACGAAAUGAGUUGGCCAAUUCUAAUUUUAAUUUUCGAAAUCGUUUCGUUUUUGAAAUCCGCUACAGUUGCGCAAUUAUAUCAGGAUGUUUCGUCGCAUUCGAAGACCAUCUUCCCAAGACACUACGUGAAAGAGGUCAGACCACCGACCCGUUUUGGAAAACCUGUCGAAGUCAAAUUCAGCAUGAACGUCGUUGAUAUCAACUCUAUCAAUGUAGAGGACAUGGAUUUUCGAAUGGACAUGUUUUUAAAGCAAGAAUGGGUCGAUUCGCGUUUGGAAAUCCCCGAAGAACUUUUUGACAACGAAGACGAAUACGUAACAUUGCCCACUGAAUUGUUGGACGACCUGUGGCAACCUGACCUUUAUUUCUUGAACUCUAAAGUUGUAGAAAUUGCCACGUUGACUCAUAAGUUUUCGUCUGUUUCGUUGUACAAAAACAAAACUGUCCAUUAUUCGGCAAGGAUGCAUGCCAUCGUGGCCUGCCAGAUGGAAUUUUUGUAUUAUCCCAUGGACAUCCAGACGUGUCCUGUGAACGUAGAAAGUUUUACGUACAAUAAUCAAAAGAUGACUUUAAAAUGGGCCAGUGCCGGGGUGAGUGUGAGCCCUGAACUGAAGCUGCUUCAGUAUCACAUCGGACAACCCUUAGAGCUGCAAGAGCAAAACGUGUUUACCAACGAGAAAGGGGGAAACUUUUCUCGUUUGGUUGUUUACUUUCGAUUCGAAAGGCAGAUAGGUCACCAUUUGAUACAGACCUUUGCCCCAUCGACUUUGGUAGUUAUGCUCUCCUGGUCCAGUUUUUGGCUGGGAUUAGACGCUGUGCCCGGAAGGGUAACCCUUUUGGUAACAUGCAUGUUGACGUUGGUUACGAUGUUUACCGGUCUAAGAACCGAUAUUCCGCCAGUUGCAUACGUUAAAGCACUCGACCUGUGGAUGGCUAUCUGUAUGCUGUUCGUUUUUGCAGCUCUGGCUGAAUUUAUAAUAGUUAGGGUUUUGCAAGAAAAUUAUCAAUUGACGAAGAAGCAGAGGAAUAGUAACAGUCGGGUAGAGACUGCGAUGACGCCAUGGUACAUUAAUAGAAAUGAUCAAAAGGUUCGGGAGUGCAAAGGGGAGGGUUUUGUACGAUUAUCCUGGACCAAUAAAAAUGGAGAAGAAAAGAUAUUAUGGUGUGAAAUAGAUCGAUUCUCUAGAUCGAUAUUUCCUGCCUUCUUCAUACUUUUCAUGUCCAUUUAUUGGCCCUUGUUAGUACUUAGAUAAGUAAUAAAAUAAAAACACUCUACAACAUUACUGUAUCG